CGGUAAAUGCUGAAGAAUUAAGGGAUAUUAUCCGAAAACUGAUGCAAAUCCGUUAUCCUCUUCCGCGAUAGGAACGCUCUUGGUUUCGGUUGGUCCUACCCAGUCUGACAGUUUCAAGCUCGAACGGGUAGAUUGUUGGAGUGAGAGAGACAAUCAGCUUAGCCAAACUUGGAAACUCCACUCUGCAACGAGGACUAAAGAAAAGGUUUGAACAAAUGAACAACCCAGAGGUUUCGCAAGCAAAUUCCCAGGUUAUGUGAGCAGAUUUUGGGCUGCUUUACUGCUUUAUGGGACUGAAAAAUGUGGAGUUCUCUACAUCUUCUUAAUGAGCACUUCAUUGGUCUUAUGUCAAAACUUAAUCUUUUAUAAUCGGAGUGUGUCUCAAAAGCUGUUGUAUCCACAAAAUUUGUCAAAUAUCGUGGUUCAAUUGAGUGGGGGAAGAAGGCGGCUGGGCAGGUUCGCGCCCAAUGCGAAGAAUAGCCAUUCGGGGAAGAGAAGUUGGUGGCAGAAAUUUUUCUUUGACGAUGAUGGGAAUUGGCUUGGUUUGAAGGAUGAGGACAUGCUAGAAGGGGAUGAAUCUCAUAGCUCCAAAGAGGAGUCAUCUGAAGGCGAAAAGUUUGAAGCUUGGAAGAGGAGAGCUGAGGCAAUUAUAGAACUGAGGGAAGCACAAGAAGAUACGAGGAAUGAAGAAAACCAGAGCUGGGAAGACUGGCUGGUGAAUGAGACACAUAAUGAUAGUAACUCAUCGUGGGAUCAAGACAGCAAUGAUGGAGACUGGAAAUCUGGAGAUGAUAUAUGGUCAGAUCCGGAGAAGAUAAUUCCCGAUGGAGGUUUGGUAAAGUCUGUCAGAGAUUUAGUUUUGGGAAAGGAAGAUGAGGACAUGCUAUAUGAGGACCGUGUCUUUCGAUACGCUUCAAUAAAUUCAGCAAAAUUUUUGGCAGUACUGUUAAUUAUACCAUGCGCACUCGAUUUUUUGGUUCAUGACUAUGUUCUCAUGCCUUUUUUGGACAGGUAUGUAAAGACUGUGCCACUUGCAGCACAUAUGCUGGAUGUAAGAAGGCAUCAAAAGCUGGAAAUGGUGAAUGAGUUAAAACUGGAAAAAGCAAGAUACAGGCUGGAGGUAGAAAUUGGUAAAUCUCCUCCUCUUUCUGAUGAGGAGCUUUGGUUGGAGUUACAACAUAAAGCGUUAGAGUUGCGGGAUGGAUGGAGGUUAGAGAACCGCAGAGCAUUUGCUAAUAUAUGGUCGGAUGUGGUAUUUGGGAUCUCAUUAUUCAUUCUUUUAUACUUCAAUCAGAAUAAAGUGGCUUUGCUCAAAUAUACUGGUUACAAAAUAAUAAAUAAUAUUUCAGACACUGGGAAGGCAUUUCUUAUUAUACUUACCACAGAUAUUUUUUUGGGAUAUCAUUCUGAAUCUGGAUGGCAGACUUUGUUAGAGUUAUUUAAAUUCCUCCCAAGGUUAUCCCCAAAUGUGGCAAAUAUAUUUCGGGAAAUGAAGAGGCACUAGAGAGUUUUGUUUUCUGGAGUUUCUCACCAGCGGAGGAAAUACCAGACAAGGUAGCGCACUCAUCUAUGAUAACUGUAUCUUAUCCGGCUGGAAUGAUCUUUUCUUAGUCGUCCUUAUAGAGUUUUUUUUUUUUUAUUAUUAUAAAUUCGUAUAUGUACAAAAUUGGAACCAGCUUUUGGUGCUGCAAAAUGUCUCAGUUUUCUAUAUGAAAAGUUUGUCAUGUUCAAGUAGCAUGGAUUCGCACUUUUCUUUAUCAUAAUAUCGUGAAAAUAUCAUGACUUAUCAAUCUCUAGUACUGCAAUAUUAUGCUAGAGCCUACAUCAAAUUGGUAGAGAAUUGUUUUGUCCAUGAAUGAUGCAAACAUCAGUGGAAGCUUUUGGCUUCUUAAAUGUAUGAAAAAAUUACCCAAGCUUUUAAAAAGAGCGUAAAUAGAUUAUUUUUUAUGAAAUUUUUUGCUUUUGAUGUUCAUACCUAAUGGGAAAGUUGGCAGUGCCAAAACAAUAGGAUCCUAGAAUCAUGUUUAGAGAGGUAAAUUUCGAUGUUUCUCCAUUUUGGAUUCGAAUAUGUGGCCUAUCACCUGACCAUGGCUAAUGCUUGAAACACUGGAAGCCUAAUAGGAAACCUUAAGUAGAUGAAGAUCUAACAUUGAAGGCAGGUUCCGGUGAUUGGCUCAUGAUCGAAAUAGAAGUGGACACCUGUUCUCCUCUGAAAAUAGGAUUCAGGCUUAAAACAAAGGAUAUGGUAGUCCUGGAAAUCAAUUUCAGCCAUGAAAUGUUGGGUAAUUUUUGCUACAAUAGUGGGAUCAAAAGCUAUACAAUGGCUGAGUACAAUAACAAAGCAGGCAGCCUGAUGAGAGCAAAACUCAAGAGUAGCAGCCUUCAGGUGGCACAAACAUGAGAAGAAGAUGAUGGAGGAAAUGCAAAAACAGGAAGGAUUUAGCAAACAAGGAGAUUGAGAUGGAUGAACAACUCCAACUGUCAUGAAACAGUCAUUUCCCAAUUGUCUAUUGGGAAGGUUUUGAGUAUAUUACUCGAUCCCAUGAUUUAGUCACCUUUUGCUAUCACAUUCCGAUUAGGACCUCAACCUGUUGUGUUAUAGUUGGUAUCCGAGCCAAUCUUGGUCGCUGAUGAUCAGUGGAUGCAGGUUAGGAAGUUGUUUUGAAACUGAUUGCAGACAGAAUAAAAUAUGGAUUUUUGGCAUGGCGAGGAUGCCGGGAGUUAGAAGAGGGGAGUUUGUCAUGACCUACUCCUACACCAAUAAUCUCCCAGGAUAACACUUUUAGGUGGGGGCCAGGAUGUGAAAAACAGAGUGUAGAGUCAACUAUUAGGCUGGGGGAAGCAGACAAUGUUUGACAGCUGAGCAGUGGGGGUGCCUGGUGCCAGCUCACCCCCACUGCUCAGCUGUUGGGUGGCAGGAGAUAACAACAGGCAUUUACAGAUCAAGUUAAAAAUCUGAUGACUGUAAGUUACUAGGAAAAUAAAAAGAGAAGCUAAACUAUAUAUAUAUAUAUAUGUAAUUUGGUUACUCUAUGGAGGUUUUUUUUAGUAUAUUUCUUAAUAUAUUUGUAUGAUAUAAGCAUUUAUAUAUUUCAGAUGGUGUCUCUACGCAUAAGAUUCUGGGUCUGUGGGGAUCGGGAGAGAAUUGUUUUUAUACUUGGUCUCGCUCUUACAAAAAUGAUCUAUUGUGAAGCAUUGGCUAGCACGGGGUUGUGGAACCAAUUACCCCCUUGUUAGUUUGUGUCUAGUAACAUAAUUGUUCUGUUAGUCCGUGUCUAACAACAUAAUUGUUGCUCGACGCGGGCAAGAGAUCAUUUCUAUUCACUCUUAAUUUAAAAAGAAACUAUUUCUGAAGUAUUUCCUUCCUUUUCAAUACACUCCUUUGUCCUU